AUGGGGAAGCCAACGCUUCUUCCUUCGAAACUGGUUAGCCAGCACAGUCGGUCUUGCACUUUGAAGCCUGGCCGCUGCGGGUUGUGUCAUUGGCACAAGGAGAAGGACAGCUGGCGGAAGCGCUUGCGGAAUGCGAAAUGGCUGCAAGUGACUUUGAAAGGGAAAGUGGCAAGGGUGGGCUGUGCAGCUUGUGCUGCUUUUGACGCUGGAGGCCCCUGGGCGAACUUUGACUUAAAGCCGACAGCUUUGAGACUGCACUGCUUGAAGCGGCAUGAAGACUCCAAGGGUCACAAGUUGGCAGAGCAAAGCUUCCAGCAUGGGACGAACUCGCGGGUAAAUCUGUUGGCGCCGCCUCUGUCGGAGUUCCGGGACGCUUGGACAAAGAUGCAACAAGGUGGAAGUUGCAGAGAUGGAGGUGUGUCUUCCGACAAGAAGACCAACAUACGCUGGUCCAUUUCCGAGGCAAUACUGGACAUGAAUCGCUUUUCCGAAAGCUUGGCCAACUGCACUGUCGAAGCCAUCCAUGAUUUGUGCCAGCCGAUGCUCCACCCUCCCCGUUCCUGCCUUGACCCGGAGCUUCCAGCAUACGAUGACUCGGUCGAGAAGAGGAUCCGCGAGCGGACUACCAUUUUGGUAACCGAUGCAGCUUCUGCGGAGCAGCUGGCGUCCAAUGUCUUGCGAGGCAAACGCCCAUCUGCACUGACAGGUGAAUGUGAAAAGGAGCUGCCGCAUGUUAAGAUAGUUGGCCGUGACAUUGCGCAUGCGAGCACCCGCUUGCUGAAGAGACCUUUCCAAAAGCACGCUGAGCUAGAGGCUAUAAUGGAUGAGUUCAUCUCAGGAAAGGACAGCUUCUGUCAAAAGGUGCAGCAUAGUCCACUGUACACCAAGUGGUGGAAUGAAAUUCUUGAAAAAGAUGGGAAGGGUACAGAAGAAGGAGGAACUGGAGCCAGCAUGGCUGCUGCGAAGCAUCGCUUCGGAAGCUAUGCUCAUCCCCUGUCACGGGUGACAAAAAACAUGAGGUGUGUGCUGACCCUCUUGCAUAAGAUUGCAUUGCUUCGGGAUUCGUCAGGCCGUUGGGCGUCCCAGAUUCUGACACAUUUUUCUGGCUACAAAGCUAUCCUGCUUUCACUCUGUGCAGAUGCCGCGGCAACGUCCAUGGACUUCACUCGCUUCUGCGACGACGAGCAGAGCGACAUCUCCCUUCUCAACACCAAAGCGCAGCAGUUUCUCUUGAGUACUCACGCAUUGUUUCUUCAGGAAGAGGCAUUCACUUUGCCUACCUUUGCAAAAGAUUUGCUGGAUUCUUGCACACGGGCCCCUUUCAGCAUUCUCAUUGCUGGACAGGCAAGAGAAGUGCGAGUUCGAGACUGUGACAAGCGUCGGGCUAUGAACGUUAUGAAAGAAUGGGUGUGUGGGGCAGAAGCAACUCUGAAGGCCGAGUUUCCGUCGUGGCACCUCAUUGGCGCUUUUGAUGUCUUUCAUCUCGGCGGGAGCAUGAGUGACAGCGACAAGCGCACUGUAGAGAAGAGUCUGGCGCGUCUGGCGUGCGCCUUCGGGGUGAACCUGGCAGACCUGACGCAACAGUAUGUUGCAAUCCUGCCUAUGGCCCAGGCAAUGAAGAAGAAGACAGGACAAGACAAUCGCACGGCGUGGGCGAACGUUUUGUUGCGCAUACGAGAUUCUCGUCUCAAGGGGAAAUAUCCUCAAGAUGCUUUAUAUCGCGUCGUUUGCGCCUUCUUGGCAUGGUCAGCGUCCAGUUCCGGCGUUGAGCAGCUCUUUUCAAAAUUGAAACGAUCACCAGUGGAAUUGGCAAGUGCCCAGGCAGAUACGGACCGAAGGGUCUGUGCUGCCAUGGGGUGCACUCUGGACCAAGCGCAGGAAAAGGAAAUGCUGCAGGAAGCUCGAGCCAUCUACACACGGCUGAGCCAAAGCGGCAAGUCCCGGUCUUCUGAGGGCAGGAGGAAGCGGUUAGAUUUCGGUCGCAAAGGUCCAAUGAGACCGUCAUCCCACAAGAACUGGAUGCGAAAACGAAAGGAAGCUGUGGAGGAGGCUGCGGCUCAGUUGAUUACGCCUCCCCGGAAGAUUUCUUCACAUGAUUUGCCUGAAAGUUCUCGAAAAGAAGUGGAGCAACAGAGUCGAUUGGAGAAGAAGCGAAAAGCUGAGGCUUAUUCUGAUGGCUUGCUUUUGAACUCCGAGGUGACAGAAGCAGUAGUUGCUGAGGCUCAGAAACAAAGGAAAGCAGACGCUUCCAAUGACCGGGCUCGCAAGUCCAAUUUUCACAGCAGGCACGCUGCAGUGGAAGCCAGCAUCACCAAGAAGACUGUGGCAUGGGCGCUGAAGGGAUUGCCCAGCCCGGCUUUAAACACUGACGCGGCGAAGGAUCUGAGGCAAGCGUCUCUUUUGAUCAUACCGGACAUCAACACGAUCCCUCGGAAGCAUCAACUCAUGGCAGCCUUGUUCGGUAAGGUCAUUUUGUCUGCGGCAAUUCUUGACGGUGGAAACGGAGUGAAACUGUCAUACAGUGCUGGAAGUCAGCUUGGUGUGUUCGUUUACGUGACUGAUGGAUUUCGAAAUCAAGAGCCUGGCUUGACCAUGAUUUUGCGCGAAGCGUGCGCUCAUGGGUGGAAGGCUGUGACAAUGAAUGACUUGCAGGCUCGGAGCAAAGGGCCCAAGAAUUCCUGCUUGCUCUUACGGGCAAAAGGGGAGGCACUGAAUCUGGGCAAGUCCAGGAUUCAGCGGGGUAGCUUCGUAGAUGCCAUGCCUCGUUUGAAAGUGCUUUCCUCUCACACGAAAAAAAAGCAUAGGGCCGAGGCUUCCCAAAGCCAUACUGGCAACAAUCAAAUCAGGAUUCGCAGCGCGGUUUCCCGCAUCAAUGACCUGGCAAAGACAUGGAAAGCUCGGCUGGGUUUGUGGUCUCCCGCGGACUCCUCGGGCAAAAUUAGAUGUGCUUCGGACUGCUCUGGCUAUGGUUCAGAUCUCAUUGCUCUCAGGUUGUUCGGCCUUCAAAAACGGGUGGAUUCUGUAAUGACUUGCGAGUCAUGCGGGAAAAAGAUGAUGCUGCACGAUGCGGUGGCAGCUGCUUGUGGCAUUGACACACGCAAAGUUUCUCAUUAUGCUGACAUCUGUGGGCGCGACAAUGCUGCGGCACCCCGGGCUGAUUUGUACACUGCCGGGUACCCUUGCCCAUCAUAUUCCACGCUUGGAAAAAAACGUGGAGUUUUGGACGACCGAGGCUUCGUAUCUCUGCAGGGUUUGAUGUACAUAGCAGAGAAACGCCCGCGGGCGAUUAUUUUGGAACAGGUCGCAGCCAUAUUGCAGAAGAAACACAGCAAAAUUUUUCAAUUCAUGCAGAAAAUUUUACGAGAGCUGGACUAUCGUUUUGAGAUCCGCGUGCUCAACACGAAGCAGUUCACAAUCCCACAUUCUCGGUCUCGUAUGUACUUGAUCGCCGUGGCGAGAGAGUCCCUAGUUCAUGAGCUGUCCUUUCCACCGGCCAGGUCAGAACACGCGGACUUGCAUUUCUUUUUGGAGAAAGACAAAGUCGGCACGGAAGUGCUUUCACUUCCAUUCUACGAAGAGAAGUUAGGAAACCGUUUGUUUCAGAAAGGAUACAUACUAGACGUGGGCUCUUCGCAGCGCUUUCAAAGCGUCAUGCCCAACUUCUCCCCAUGCCUGACAAAGUCACGGCUCAAGGCCGCUGGCUACUACAUACCAAAACUUCGGAGAAGGCUGACAUUGGCGGAAGCCGCCCAGCUCCAAGGGGUGCCGCCUCAAAUCCUUCAGGCCAUGGAAGAGGCAGCCAAGCUACAUCGCUUGCCGAAGAGGUCGGUGGAUGAAUCAUUGGGAGAUGCCAUGUCCGUCAAUGUUCUGAUGUCCGUUUUAAGGCGGGCGCUGGAUGCAUGUGGGCUAACCAAAUUGGGUUCCGGCAAAGACUUUUGGCUGCAAGUGCCAUUGGGUGAGGCGAGCGUCAACUUGAGCAAGAAGCUCUUUGACAAGUACAAAAGGUGA